UUACAUGUCGUUGUAGACCUUCUUCAUUAGUUAAGGUUAUAAGUGGGCUUUCUCUGACUCAAAAAAAAGAUGUAGAAGAGGUUGGAUUUGGUGGUUUGUUGUCUUUACGUGUGGAGAGUAUGGUUGGAGGUAUACUUCCUUGGCUUGUUGAGAGUUUUAAUGGAUAUACUUGUAUGUUUUGUGUAGCUGAUGGUAAGGAGUUUGUUGUGACUAAGCAUGAUGUGUGUGAUGUUUUUGGUUUGCCUAAGGUAGAAGGUCGUGAGGUUCCUGAAAUGAAGGGUAGUUACAAAGGUAAAUCUCAAGAUGAUAGUGCAUUGAAAAAUAAAUGGAGAGCUUCUUUUGAUGUUGGUGUUAAGGAGUUGAUACCUUUGGCUAGAUUAGAAACUAGGAUCAAGGAGUUGGUGGAUGGAGGUGAUGAAUUUAAGAGGUUAUUUGUUAUGCAUGCUCUUAGUAGUAUGCUUGUUCCUACCGCUAAUAGGACUGUUAAUUUUAGGUUAGUUAAUGCUGUGGAUGAUGUUGAUCAGAUUAAAAAUCUUGAUUGGUGUUCAUUUGUUUUGAGAAAGUUGAUGAAUUCUGUUGUUAGUUACAAAAAUUCUGAGGCUAAAGAUAGUAUUAGUGGAUGUUUGUUGUUGCUUAAGAUUAUGUAUUUUCAUCGUUUGAAUUUCCAAGGUGUAGUAGAGAACUCCACUAUUCCUCUUAUCCAACACUGGACAGAUAAAAAAGUGAGGAACAGGGUGUCCUUGGAGUUGAAGGCUGGUGGAUUUGGUCAGGGGGUUUUGAAUGAAUUGACUUAUCCAGUUUCUGCUAAGUGUGUUGAUUUGAAUGUUAACAACUUAAGUAAGGGUGAAAGUUGUGUGGUUCCUAUUGAUGAUGAUAGAAGAUGUGUGACUUUCGAUUUGCCUGAAGGAGUAUUAACUGAUUCUGAGAUCAAAAGUGCUUCAGCUGAUGUAUGUUUUUUUUUUCUUUAAUAAAACAUUUGUUCUUGGUCUCAUAUAAUUGUUUGUUAAUGUGUAGGAUUUGCAUGAGGCGUUUCUUUAUAUGAAAAGGAACAUGGAGUUGUUUUCUUCUGUGAAUUCCAAUUGUUUUAGUUCUUUGCAACGGUUGGUGCAUAGUCGUUUUGUUGAACAUUCCGUUUCUUUGGAUGCUGAUUCUAUUGAGUUGUCUCAAAUACAACAACUUUUGUCUAACCCGCAUUAUCAUAAGCUUAUUGAUGGCUUAAUUGAUGAGUUUAUAAAAAUGAAGUCAGUGGAUGAGUUACUUAAAGUUGAUGCAAGUACUUCAUCAAAGUCUACCCUACAAGAUGGUGGAGGUGGUGGAGAUGGUGGUGGCAGAGGUGGUUCAGUCAGAAGAACGAAUAAAAGUUUGUGUUCUUUGGACUGUGGUGAAAUUGGUGGUCAGAGUGUAGUGUUUGUUACGCCAUUUAUGAAAAGUAAUUCUCGUGCUUUUAGUGAAAAAUUACCUCGAUUAUAUUUAGAAGCUCUUGAUUAUUGUCUGGUGGAACACUUAUUUAAUAAUAAUGAGAAUCUUGUUACUUAUGGAUUGCAUUUUCUCAUUCCAAGAGAGGAUAUGGUGUCUUUGGUGCAUACUAAUUUGGUUCGUUGGUCAGUAGUUGAUUGCUACUGCAUUUAUCUAAAUGAAUCAUGUUUUUAUGAUACUUGUGGUCCUAAAAGAUUCUUUUUUGGUGCGAGGCAAAGUGUAAGAAACUUUCUGUUUUGAGUUAUUUGUUUUCUUACUCUUUUCAAUUAUUUAUUUUUUCCUUUUAGUUUGCUUUUUUGCAAGUAUCAGAGGGGAACGAAGAUAGUUCUGCUAGUUCUGCUGUCUCGAAUUUGCAUGAAAUUUGGGAUGAAUGGGUUACAUAUGAAAAUUCUUGUUGUGAUGUUAUUGGUGCAGACUUGGUAUAUAUCUUAAUUUUUAAUAUAUAUUAACUGUGUGAUGGAUGUGCUUUAUGCUAACUUUUGUUCUAUUUUUUUUCAGGUUUAUUUUCCUAUUCUUGUUGAUGAACAUUAUGUAUUUUUGUGAUUGAUCAUGGCAAUGAAUUGGUUCAUUACGUUGAUAAUAUCAUUUGGAGUCAUGACAUGAUUACAUAUUUUCAAAAUUUGACUUUUUAUCUGGUAUGUUAUUGUCUAUUUUAAAGUAUGUUUCUAUAUUAAUCUUAUUUUCUU